CAUUACAUCCAAUCAUAAACAAUAGCGGGAGGAGUCGGGAACUGUAGAACGGUGUCAAUACAUCUCUAUGACAACCACAACGCGUUCUCUGCGUCCCCCUGCGCUUUUACUCAACUCCAAAGAAACCCGAAGGAGAACGUAGGUCAGAGUCAGAGAGAGACCAUUUCAAUCUAUCCAGAACUACAUGACAUAAAGGAAGGGGCUCCACCGGAGCCAGAAGGUAUGAGACGGACCCCCCCUGUGGUGCCCCACAACGUGGGCCUGGGGGACCUGACCCUCAUGUCCCGAGGACUGGUCAUCGCCCCGCGCCCCUGGACCGCCCAGCACAUCAGCAUCACACACACACCUGGCUCUACACACUCAUAUACACACACACCUCCAUACACACCUGUGGAAGGACAGGGAGCAGGGGAACCCAGAAAGACAGCACUGCAGUCAGACUCAGUCUCAUUGGUACAGUCAGCCCCAGAUGAGCAUCUGUCCCUGGGGGAGAUCAAGGCCCUGCUCCCCCGGAGGCUGGGGGAGAGGCUGGAGGAUGUGAGGGCAGCGUUCAAGGCCCUGGACCCUGAGGGGAGCGGCUCAGUGACCCGGGGGGAGUUCAGACAGGUGGUGGAGGCCUUCCUCUUCCCCCUCACGCAGACCCAGCUCAACGCCAUGCUGGCCAAGGUGUCUAAGAGAGACAGUGUAACGGUGGACUACAUGGACUUUCUCAGGAGGUACAGCAGGGUGACUACAGCACAGAGACCCUACAGCUCUACAGCACAGAGACCCUACAGCUCUACAGUACAGAGACCCUACAGCUCUACAGCACAGAGACCCUACAGCUCUACAGCACAGAGACCCUACAACUCUACAGCACAGAGACCCUACAGCUCUACAGCACAGAGACCCUACAGCUCUACAGCACAGAGACCCUACAGCUCUACAGCACAGAGACCCUACAACUCUACAUCACAGAGACCCUACAGCUCUACAGCCUCCUCUACAGCACAGCGACCCUACAGCUCUACAGCCUCCUCUACAGCACAGAGACCAGACAGCUACCACAGGUGUGUCUCUGGACCAGACCAGAGGGGUAUGACCCUGACUGAGAUACAGCAACGCCUCAAACACAAGAUUGGGAGCAACCUGAAGAAUGUAAUCCGGGCCUUUCGUCUGUUCGACUACAACCGAGACGGACAGAUCCAGCAACACGAGCUGCGCCGGAUACUGGAUAACUACUGCUUCCCCUUAUCACAGAGAGACUACCAGAGACUGUGGACCCACCACAGCCCUAACAACAUGGCAACCAUGUCCUACAAAGUGUUCCUGGAGAAGCUGGGCCUGGAAUCUAACAAGUGCAGGAAGCUUGUCCCGGAGCCUCCAAAGCUAGUGUUGGGCUGGCAAGAAAUUAGUCCUCCAGACAAGACAAAACUGAGGAACAGAGCCUUGUCCCAGAAUGCAACAGGAGAUACACAGGAGAUCCAAGGCCUGACUCAAGAUGAGCUGCAGACGCUCUUCCUGGAAAAGUUGUGUGUGAGCUGUACCCUAGUGUGGAGAGCACUGCAAGCGUUUGAUGUCACCCAAUCUGGACUGGUGUCACAGGAAGACCUGAGGGCCGUCCUCAGCAGCUUCCUGUUUCCCAUGAGCCUCAGCACCUUCCAGAGCCUGACCUGCCGUUUUGGGGUGAGAGCAACAGGGCCUGUCAAAUGGAAACAGUUCCUGGGUCAGUUUCAGGGUCCAGUCACAGAGGAGGACUACACCACUCCUCAAACAGAGAGGGUUCUACAGCUACCUGACGCAGAGGAGGGCCAUCGGAGUCUGACAGAGUUCUACCCUAUACUGAAGAGAGCCUUUAAACAGUUGGACAGGGGUAGGAUAGGGAGGAUCACCAGGGCAGACCUUCGUCAGGCUUUGGAAGUCCCCCAGUAUAACCUGAGGGGUCCCCAGGACUCCUGGUCCAGCCGCAGGGAGCCCCACACCCCCAGGCCCCGUCUGAGCCCAGCCCAGGUUAGAGAGCUCCUGAUCCUGCUGGACCCAGAGCACACUGGGGUCAUCACUCAGCCCAGCCUGGAGCUGCUCAAACCCAGGAGGGUGCACUCUUCCCCGGGGAGGGAGACACUGCACACCCCUACUGGAGGAUUGAAGGAGGAGAUCAUGGAGGAUGCGGCUCAGGUGAAGGGCUUGCUGCGUGAUAAGCUGAGUGAUCAGAUAGGUCCCAUGCUGGAGGCUUUAGGGGACUGUGACCCUCGAGAGACAGGAUCUGUUCGCAAUGAAGACCUGAGAAGGAUCAUACAAUGUUACGGCCUGCCCCUCUCACACACACACUUCAACAAACUGAACUAUCAAGCCCAGAAUGCCUUGGUGAACAACAAGCCAGUGCGUUCCCCCAGCGCCACUGUGGGGGGUCCAAGGGUUCGCAUGGUGGAGAACAUUAUGUUCAGGAAGCUCAAAGAGACGCUGGACCACAGACAUGUUACCCUCAACGACCAUAUCCGGGCAAUGGCCAGUAGCUCAGACGGAAUGCUGUCGUUGAGAGAUCUAAAGAAGAUACUGGAUGACAGCUGGAUCACCUUGGAUGAGAAGCAGUUCCGCAAGCUCAACGUAUCGCUUGGUUUCAAAGACGGAAAAAUGUCCUGUUCGGCUUUCCUGGAUAAGUAUGAUGAGCACCAGGCCAGAGAGCAGAAUCAGGCCUCGGGGGGUAACCAUGGUAACCUGCGGGCUAAGCCACGCCUCCUGACAGCGGAGGACUGCCUCGGUGUGAUCAAAGAGAAGAUCGAAAACAUCCACGGGGACAUCCUGUCAGCGUUCCGUGUGAUGGAUCAGAACUGUGACAGGGUGGUGGACAGGCAUGACUUCAGAGAGCUGUAUGACAGUCUGGGCCUGGUCACCAAGGAGAGGGAGUACCAGCGCCUGCUGCAGCUGCUGGGCCUGCAGCCUGGAGCCAACCUCAACUACCCAGAGUUCUUCACCCUCGUCCAAUCCAGCGGCAAGACCCGCAGGCAGAAUUUCAAGCCAGCCAAUGGGCCAGACCAACUGCAUGACCACCUGGUGUCCAACGCACGCCACAGAUGGACUGCUAUGUCAAAGGUGAUUUGUCGCUUUGAUGAAGAUGGUCAGGGUCUGGUCUUUAAGAAGGACCUCAGGAGUCUCCUCUAUACCUACGACCUCCCCAUCAGUCCUGAUGAGUUUGACGAACUGUGGGCCAGGUAUGAUGGAGAAGGGCGUGGCUAUCUCACCUGUGCUGCGUUCCUGGAGAAGCUGGGCGUGGAUCAACAGGAGGUGGGACAUGCGAGGAAGGAUGCAGACACCACUCCCACAGAUGGUCUCCCUGCAGGGGCUACGCUUCAGGACAUUGAGCGCUUGGUGCAGGGUAACUGUGAGGGGUUGAGCAGUGCUCUGACCCGCCUGGAUAAGAAGAGAGAGGGCCUAGUCAGGGUGGAGGACCUACAGAGUCUGCUCCAGAGAUACAACUGUCCCCUACACAGACACCAGCUCACCCACCUCCUACACACACUCAAGGUUCCAAUGGACAGUGGGGACAGGACGUUGUCAUACGUGGACUUCCUGAAGGCGUUUGACCACGUGACAGGGAAGGGGUGUGAGCACCCCCCUAGGCCAUGUGGAUCCCCUGACCCAGCCGAGAGUCUGGAGUGGCUCAGUCCUGAAAGAGCUGCUGGUAGGAUACGGGAACUGGUCACUGCAUCGAUGGAUAUACUCCACAAGGCCUUCUCUGCCUUCGACAGGAGUGGGAACGGGACAGUCACCCCUCUGGAGUUCCGGCGGGUGCUGGACCAUUUUUGUGCCCGCCUCUCGGACCCCCAGUUCAGAUUCCUGCUCGACAGAAUGAAGCUGAACUGGGAGAACCACAUGGUGUACUGGAGAGACUUCCUCAACCAGUUCAACCUAUGCAACCUGGACGUGUGUGAUUGGACCCCUGAGGAUUGGUCAGACAGAGUGGGUAAGGCAGGUUUCCCCGCCCAGCCCCAGCCUCUGCCAAUCAGUGAGGAUGUUGUUUCCGCCUGCCUGUACACCAUCACCAAGGAGAUAGUGGACUUAGAACACACCCAUAAUGACACCAUCUCUAAAGAGGACUUCAGAAUGAUGUGUGACCGCCAUUUCAUGAGGCUCACCAGUGACCAGUUCGAGAGGGUGUGGGAGAAGCUGCCAGUGAAUGUGCUGGGGGAUCUGGAGUACAGGGAGUUCCUGAAGCACGCCAGUGGAGCUGUUGCGAUAAGGGACAAGACCACAGACCCAGAGGACAUCAGUCCCCUGAAAUCUGCAUCACCACCAUCCCCUGGGCUCAUAGAUAUGUCACCAUCACCACCAUCCCCUGGGGCCAUAGAUAGGAUGUCAUCCUCCCCACCAGCUCUACAGAGACCAAAGACUACAGGCAGCAACCUCCAACGCUCAAAGUCGGAGGUGGGUGUGUCCAGCAGGGCCAGACGUCCGUCCACGGCUGGGAGAGAGAAGGAGGGCCCCCUGGUGGACUGUGAGGAGGUGGAGAGGAGGCUGAAGGUGGAGGUACAGCGCUGUUGGAGGGACAUUCAGAGGAGGUGCAGGGAGGAGGACAGAGAGAGAGACGGAGAGAUCAGCACACGCUGCUUCCUGGACAUCCUGCAAAGCCUCAAUGUCAGUGUGACCCAGAAGGAGCUUGAUCGUCUGGUCGUAAAGUUCGACAUGAGGGACAGUGGGCGUGUGUCAUAUCUUGACUUCCUACGUCACUUCCUCCUCAACUUGAAACCGCCAGCAGGCAGACAGCCCUUUGAGCGGCCCAAACUACCUCUCCCCACUACACCGAUGAGUGGGGGUGUUCUCAGUAGACAGUGUGUGGAAGCCAUGCUGAGGCUCUAUGGCCCGGUCCAGCAGUUCUGGCGCUCCUUGAGGCAAAACUUUGUUACCUUCGACCACAACCGCAGUGGCAAAAUCUGUAUCAAGGAAUUCAGAAAGGUACUAAGGCAGUUCAGAGUGAACCUAUCUGAGGAGGAAUUCUUCCACCUCACCUCUUUCUUUGACAAGAACACUACGGGGAAGAUCUCCUACAACGACUUCCUACAGGGCUUCCUACACUGACCUCUAACCUCUGCCCUCUAACUAUGGCCCUACUGUAGGCUCCUGUGAAGGUUUAGCUAGUUAUCACUGAUAAAUCAGUCCAUAUUGAUCAGUAUAAUUGCACUGCACCACUGAGUGAAGGAGGGAUACACAGAAUUAUUACAAAAUCAUGUCAUGUAAAUUAAAACAUAUAAAGUGAUGUAUUAUAUAAAAUAUGCAUUUGAGGGUUUUCUCCCAAUACCUUCCCCUGGCAUGUCUACAUCUUUUUCUCCCUCUAGCAUACUGAUUUAUCUCUCCGCUGUAUGACUUUAUGAUACUGAUUGCUUUCCAAACCAAAC